AUGACGUCAUGCGCUCGGACCGAGCCGUGACCUGCUGCUCCGGCUAUGCUAGAGGUCCGUACCAACAUAUGUUCCCUAUAAAAUCCAGUAAAUACCCGUUAUUUAUGAAAUAUAACGCAAUAAACGAUACUGGUGUAGUGAUUAUAGAAGGUAACCAGCGCAGCAGCAGUGAUUCUCAUGAGCGGCAAUCGGUAUUUAGUAGCGCAUGUUUAUAUUUUAAGUUUACCUCAGCUAGCUGGCUAGCUAACUUAAGCAUGUUUUCCAGCUAACCAAAAGUGAAACUGGAAUAUGAGCUACAUGGUUGCAAGCUUUCGGAGUUUGUCUCUAAGUUAACUCAAUCGAGCAGCAGCAUGACCCUCAUCAUCAUGGACUCCUGAAAUCCUUAGGCUUCAGCGACUCAUCCGGUCGCUGGUCGUUGUUUGGGACGAGGUCACCUUUCAGCCUACAACCUGUCUGACCUCCCAAGAAGAGGGAGCGAGCAGAUGGGGAACUGUUGCUGUCGCCCUGAGAGUCCCUGUGGCAGUACGGAGGAAAGAAGUGGUUUGCUGGAAGAUGACCCGAAGGCCACUGGGCCUACAGGUGAAACACUUGUGGUGGGCAACGGUGGUCCUAAAAAAGAUGACAUCAGGAAAGUGCCUGACGAGGCCAAUAAAAAGGUGGAGGAGGCUGUGCAGGUGAAGCAGAGUCCUGAGGUUGCAGAGAUGAAGCGUAAUAACAUUGAAGAGAAUGGGCCCUGUCAGAAGGCGGUCUUACAAACAGCAACGCCUUCUUCCAGCAAAAAGUCUAAACUCAAAGAAAACUCCACCAGAGCAGAAGAUAACAGUGUUAAGGACCGUCUUGCAUUCAGUGGACAAGCUGAACUCCUGCAAUGCCAUUGUUACUCUCCACAGAAAGAACACACCACAGCUGUCUCGGAGGCAUCAAAAGAAGAAAACCCAGCAUUGCAGGACCAAAUCCCUGACAGCAGCUCUCUAACAGCAGAGGCAGUUUGCCCUGAAAACCAUACUGAGACAAACCCAACAAGAGAGCAUAAUACAUUGGUCACUACACAUGAUGAAGAAGUGGGCUCCAAAGUCACUAUCGAAAACAAUGUAUUCGAGCCAUCAGGGGAGUCUUCUCAAAACAAUGAAGUGUUAUCUGUGCCAAAGACUCCGCUCGCUGCAGCACCUUGUCAGGUGUCGUCCAUCUCGGGGGUCAGUCAGGAGAGCGGCAAAGCGUCUCCGAGCUGUGCUGUGACAGAGGAUUCAGAAAAAGUGAAUUAUUCAAUGUGCGAAGAGGCCGGUCCUGAUGUCGUACACAUCCACGAUGUCUGUGAGUCUCCUCCUGAAUCAGAGCCCACGGGACUCGACCACUGUGUUGAGGAACGAGACUCCGCCGACUGCGACUGGGAGCCAGAGCCCACAGCCGCCGGUAGCAGGAGCUCAAAGUUGGAUCAGGAUGCACAGCCAGAUCUUGGUUGUACAGCUACGAGCUCGAAGGAGGUCACUUCCUUAGAGAACAUCAAACAGGAUAUUGGAGAGGAAAUGAUGCCUAAAGGGCAGGAGAAAGAUCAAGAUGUUCCCAAAGCAAAGGAGAACGAUGAGAUUAAGAAGGAGGCGGAGAAGAAUCCCACAGAGGCCGAGACUCAGGCUGGGAAAGAUUCUGAGAUUCAGGAGGUAACUGGAAAAGAGGAGCAGCUGGCAGGGAGCACAUCCACGGAAGGAAAGGCCGAUGGGAUACCUGUCACAGAGAAGGACGACUCUGCGGAAGACGGCCUGGGGAACAGUGAAGAAGACCUGUACAGAGGAGCUGAGGAGCUGUCAUCGUCACCUGAAACUGCGUUUUUAAAGGUGGAGGACCGAUGCAGUUUGGCCCCGGCGGUGGAUAUUCUGUUUUACAGUGAGCGAGAGUGGAAAGGAAAUACUGCCAAAAGUGUUCUCAUUAGAAAGGGUUAUAAAGAGAUGUCUCAGAGGUUUGGCAGCGUGAGGAGAGUCAGGGGGGACAACUACUGUGCCCUCAGAGCCACGCUGUUCCAGGUGCUCUCCCACAGCACCCAGCUGCCUGCAUGGCUGCAGGAGGACAUGCUUCUGAAGCAACUUGAGGCCCAGGAAGGUCUGAUAAGUCAGUGGACAUUUCGUGGAGAAUGCCUGCAGGGAGAUCGGACAGAAGAUGCCGCUGUGCAGCUGAAAGGCUACAUUGAGCUUCUCCGAAAUACGUGGCAGGCAGCAGUGGACUGCUCCUCCGCUGUGGAGCGGCAGCAGCUUUGCGAGCGAGUGUUUCAGGGAGGAGAAGAGGAGCUGGGGCUGCUGGAGGCGCUCAAGCUGCUGAUGCUGGGUAGAGCGGUGGAGCUGCACAGCCGCAUGCAGGGUGGCGGAGACAUCCCGCUCUUCUGCUGGCUGCUGUUUGCUCGGGACUCAUCUGACUGUCCGCGCUCCUUCCUCUCCAACCACCUCAGCCACGUGGGCCUCAGCGCCGGGUUGGAGCAGGUGGAGAUGUUCCUGCUGGGCUACGCCUUGCAGUGCACCAUUCAAGUUUACAGACUGUACAAGGCAGACACAGAGGAGUUUAUCACCUACUUCCCAGAUGACCAUAAGGAUGACUGGCCGUCCGUGUGCCUCGUCACUGAGGAUGACCGCCACUACAAUGUGCCAGUUGUAGAAGCUGUAGAAGAACUACACAAGCGGCCCAACUCGAGCUGAUUGCCACUGCAGAGAAGUCUCCUGCCAUACAAACAAAACACUCCUCAGGUCGAUCAAGGUGAAUAGAUUUUCGCCAAUUGAAGGAAUAGUUUGACAUUUUUGGAUAUUUGCUUUCUUGCUGAGCGUUAGAUUAAACACUGGCUAGCUUAGCACAAAGACUGCUAAGCCGACUGGGUGCUUGGUAUAGCUUCAUAUUUAGACUUUAGAGUUGAAUCGAUCUAACUCGCAGCAAGAAAGCGAAAAAGCAAAUAUCCCAAAAUAUAAACUAUUCCUUUAAAAAAAUAUGCUGAUUUGAGACCCUGUACAAGAUGUGGUUUACACGCUUUUGUACACACUGUACUGUAUACAGAGUUUUCUAUUUGAGUACAUGUACAUAUGUGCAUCUGAUACCGCAUGGUCAUCUCAGUUAAGUCCAAAUUAGUUUGCAGGGUGUCAUUUUGACUUCAAGGCAGGGAGGAAAAAUGCCCAGAUUUUCUCAGCAACCUUCUUUUGUUUUAGAUUUUUCUCUUUAAAAUCCUGAUCAAAACUCAAUGGAGCUGCCAACAUAAAUGUUGGUGUUUACACUGGAAUUUGGGCACUUUAAUUUGUGUAUUAUUUUAUUCUGUUUCAUUUAGUCAAAAAGUCAAUUUAAAAUUAAGUGUGUGUCUGUGUGUGUGUGCGUGGGUGGGUGGUGUAAGGUGUUGCCUUUAACCAAGCUGUUCUGAGUGGAAAAACAUGCCAAUGUUGCUGCAAAUACUGGCAACAGUGCCAGCCACUGGAUUCAGUAGUAAAUGCUUGCUUGGUCCUCCAUGUUGCCUUAGAAAUAAUGCACAAUAAGAAUGAAUGUUGGUUAUUAGUGAUAAGAGGCAAUUUUCUUAAGGAGAUACAUUAACAGUAAAACAUUGAUUAUGCCAUUAGCAGGAAUGUUCUUUCUCCAUCAGAUUUUUGGAUGGCAUUUAGAUACAAUUAAAGUACAAUUUUUCAAGGUAUUUUUCUGUUGUUGUAGCUUUUCCAAAUUUUAUGAGAACAUUUCCGAAGAUACAGAAAAGACAUAUUACGUCUGUUUGGGGUUUUGUAGACUCCAUCUGUAAAACAUGGUUGAAUACAAUGGAUUUUCCUAUGAUGUGUG